ACUACGGUUUUAACAUAUUUUGUAUUAUUAAAACCACAUUGUAUGAAUUAUAUUCUUUAUUGCAUCGUCUUCAAUAAAACAUUUAUUUUGAUAAGUCCUCCAAGACAAUUCUCUUGUCACGUGGUAGACUUUACACUACUCCAAAACAAGUAGCGUUGCAAACAAAAACUUUUGACACGUAAAGGUAUGAACGAUGAUGAUGAGGAAGAGAGCUGCAGCAUAUUCCCGAGCCUGGGUCCCUUUGACUUCAAGCCCAGAAUUCUUUGGUUUCUGGGUGAAGGGAUGGAAACCACCAUGUGGAUGGCUGUGGUGACUGCAACUGUGACAAUUGCUUCGGUCAUUGGCGUUCUUGUGUUUCUUCUUCACAGAAGAUACAAAAUGUCAAAGGAAGCUGCUGGUGUUCCUCACUAUCGCUUUAGAAAGAGAGACAAGGUGAUUUUCUACGGGAGGAAGAUUAUGAGAAAGGUUCAAACAUUGUCCUCGCCCACUGGGUCUAACUUCACCCCAGGUUCCCGACAGAGAGUAAGAAAGCGACCCAAAGUCCUCUCUAUAGCUCACAAGAUCCUGCGUAUUCGGAGGGAGCCGCCCACUGUGCAGCCCAAGGAGCCUCCUCCCUGCCUUCUGGAGGCAGAUCUGACUGAGUUUGAUGUGCAAAGCUCCCAUCUGCCCUCUGAGGUGCUGUACAUGCUUAAAAACGUCAGAGUCCUGGGUCACUUCGAGAAGCCUGUCUUCUUGGAGCUGUGUCGUCACAUGGUGCUGAUCCCACUGCACCAGGGGGAGGGGCUUUUCCGGCCAGGCGACACCGACGACAGUAUUUACGUCGUUCAGGAUGGUCGUCUUGAGUUGUGCAUCCAUGAGAACGACGGCACAGAGGCCGUUGUGAAGGAGGUUUUGCCGGGCGACAGUGUGCACAGUCUGCUCAGUAUCAUGGACAUCAUCACUGGUUAUCCAGCACCUUACAAAACUGUGUCUGCUCGGGCCGCACUUCCCUCCACCGUCCUUCGUCUUCCAGCUGCAGCGUUUCAGUCAGUUUUUGAGAAAUAUCCCGAGACACUGGUUCGUGUCAUCCAGAUAAUUAUGGUGCGUCUGCAGAGAGUGACCUUUUUGGCUUUACACAACUACCUCGGCCUGACCAACGAGCUCUUUAACCCGGAAAGUCAGGCCAUCCCGUUGGUGUCGGUGGCUCAUGUUCUCGGUGAGAGUCAUUCCCACAGAGGCCUCCGUAGGCAGCUGUCCCAUUCUGAUGAUUCCUCUUCAGAGAAAAUGGGAACAGAAAGUGGAAAGAUCGACUACUCUGAAAUGGGCAAAGUCAAGUCCUGGAAGUCUCGAUCCCUCUCCACCCCUCUGACUCUCACAGGAGAAAUGUCCAUCAGUCUCAACACAGCAUGUGAACCAGCUCGAGGCACCACAGAGGAGACGCUGCCUUCAGGUCCCAUUAAGUCUAUUUUAAAGAAGAGUGUGACGAUGCAGCAAACUUCAUCCGGUCUUCAGCACUCUGGUGACAGCGGAGGAGGUUACGGACGCUAUAAUAAAGUCACUGCUCUUUUCCAAGCUGCUAAAAAGGACCUGCUGCAGGUCAUUCAAAUACAGGACCUGAGUCUGUUGGAGGGCAGGGUGACGAUUCGGCAGGUGAAAGCCGGCUCCAUUGUGGCCAAUCAGGGGGACCAGGAUGUGAGCGUAGCGUUUGUCAUCUCCGGCUUGCUCCACGUUUACCAGCGUAUGAUUGACAGUGAGGAGGAGACAUUGCUCUUCAUCACCCACCCGGGGGAGAUGGUGGGUCACCUGGCUGUUCUCACGGGGGAGCCCCUCAUCUUCAGCGUGCGAGCUCACAGAGACUGCACCUUUCUCUCCAUAUCCAAGGCCCACUUCUAUGAGAUUAUGCGUGAGGAGCCCAGGGUGGUGUUGAACGUAGCUCACACUGUUGUUCGGAGGUUGUCACCCUGUCAGAUUGACUUUGCUCUGGACUGGAUGGCUGUGGAGGCCGGCCGCGCGGUCUACAGACAGGGAGACAAAUCCGACAGCACCUUUAUUGUACUCAGUGGUCGACUGCGCUCUGUCAUUGCAAAGGAUGAUGGGAAGAAGGAGCUGGCUGGAGAGUAUGGUCGUGGGGAUCUAAUCGGUGUGGUGGAGGCCUUGACCCAUAUGAACAGAGCCACCUCGGUCCAUGCUGUCAGAGAUUCUGAGCUGGCCAAGCUCCCUGAAGGCACGCUGAACUCCAUCAAGAGGCGGUACCCACAGGUUGUCACCAGGCUGAUCCAUCUGCUGGGCCAGAAGAUCCUGGGAAAUAUGCAGCAGGUCAACUGUCCUCUGGCAGUUCGUAGUCUGGCCCUGCACACACCCACCAGUAAGUGGGAUGCUGCGAAUCCAGCCUCCAACCUGUCCACUGUGGCCAUCCUGCCUGUAUCUGUGGAGGUUCCCCUCAACGCCUUCACUCUGGAGCUGCAGCACGCACUCAGUGGCAUCGGGCCCACUCUACUCCUGACCAGUGACACCAUCAAACAGCGGCUGGGCUCCGCUGCUCUGGACAGUGUCCAUGAGUACCGUCUGUCCAGCUGGCUCGGACAGCAGGAAGACAUCCACCGUAUCGUCCUCUACCAGUCUGACUCCACCCUCACACCUUGGACCCAGCGUUGCAUCCGUCAGGCCGACUGUAUUAUCAUUGUGGGAGUGGGUGAGCAGGAAUCCACUGUGGGUGAGCUGGAGAGAAUGUUGGAGGGCGGUGCAGUUCGGGCUCAGAAGCAGCUGGUCUUGCUGCACCGGGAAGACGGUCCACCACCUCGAGGGACAGCCGAGUGGCUAAACAUGCGGAGCUGGAUCUGCAGACAUCAUCACCUGUCCUGCCCUCGCAGGGUGUUCUCCAGGAGGAGUUUACCUAAACUGAGAGAGCUGUACCAGCGUGUGUUUGAGAAGUGUCCAGACCGUCAUUCUGACUUCUCCCGACUGGCCAGGAUCCUGACAGGAAACAGUAUCGCGCUUGUGCUGGGUGGAGGGGGCGCCAGGGGCUGUUCCCAGGUUGGGAUCCUGCGGGCCCUGAAUGAGGCAGGGAUCCCUGUGGAUAUGGUGGGCGGCACAUCCAUUGGCUCCUUUAUGGGAGCGCUGUACGCUGAGGAGAAGAGCAACAGCCGAAUGAGGGUGCGGGCCCGUGAGUGGGCCAUGGAUAUGACCUAUCUGUUUAAGAAGAUCCUGGAUCUGACCUACCCUGUCACCUCCAUGUUUUCCGGAGCUUCCUUUAACUCCAGCCUUUGCUCUGUCUUCAAGGACAAACAAAUUGAGGACCUUUGGCUGCCGUAUUUCAACAUAACUACAGAUAUCACAGCUUCAUCCAUGAGGAUUCACACAGACGGUUCACUGUGGCGGUACGUCAGAGCGAGUAUGUCGCUGUCAGGAUACCUGCCUCCGCUCUGUGAUCCCAGAGACGGACACUUACUGAUGGAUGGGGGUUACGUCAACAACCUGCCUGCCGAUGUCGCUUGCUCUAUGGGGGCCAAAGUUGUGAUCGCAAUUGAUGUUGGAAGCCGCGAUCAAACCGACCUGACCAACUAUGGCGACUCCCUGAAUGGCUGGUGGUUGCUGUGGAAACGCCUCAACCCACUGGCUAAUAAAGUCAAGGUCCUGGACAUGGCAGAGAUCCAAACCCGCCUCGCUUACGUUUGUUGUGUGCAACAGUUGGAACUGGUCAAAGACAGUGAAUAUUGCGAGUACAUUCGACCACCCAUUGACCGAUAUGGAACACUGGAGUUUGGGAAGUUUGACGAGAUUGCUGAAGUUGGAUACCACCAUGGAAAGACUUUGUUUGAUGUGUGGCAGCGCAGUGGGGUAGUGGACAGCAUUCUUAAGGACAGACAUCAGGAGGAGUUCCACAAGACUAGAACUGGGCAUGUGUUCACGUGUCCAAAUGCCUCCUUCACUGAUCUGGCUGAGAUUGUGUCCAGGAUUGAACCUGUCAAGAGUUCACAUUUUGAUGAGGAACUGUCUGACAGUUACAACACUGACUAUGAUGAUGAGACGGUGGAGAGCACCCUGUCCGACUUUGAGGCCUUCAACCCCAACAGUGAGCACACCGAGGGCGAGGACGCUGCUGAAACCGACGAGGAAAAUCAAAGUCGUGUUCAUCGCCGGCGACAGACGUCCUCACCAAGCUCUGAGUCCUAACGCCUCCCAGACCCACCGUGCCCCCUGAACACACGUUACUGCAGGAUUUCACUGGAGCGAACUGAUUCUGCACCACUGAUGUGGAGCUGAUACAGCAAUCCGCCCAGCAACUGGCCAUUCAGUAUUUUGCACAAGGACACUUCAACAGGACACGAGGCAGCUGAUACAGUAGUGUUCAGAAUAAUAGUAGUGCUAUGUGACUAAAAAGAUUAAUCCAAGUUUUGAGUAUAUUUCUUAUUGUUACAUGGGAAACAAGG